AUGGCAGAAAGCAAUCUCCCAACAACGGGAGCAGAACUGGAGGUGGAAAAUGAGUUUCCAGUCACAGUAAUUUCAGCAACAGAGGAAAGUCAAGUUACGUCAAGUGACGCUGAACUGGAUGUAUACAAUGACCCUUUAAGAGAAAUAGCAAAAGUAUGUCUGGAGGAAGGUAAUAAAGAGUACAGACAAGGAGAAGCUUAUAACGCCAUAAACUCCUACACGGAAGGACUUCAAGUGAACUGCAAGGAUAAACGACUGAACGCCAAGCUUUACAGCAACAGGGCAGCAGCUCAUUUCCGUUUGGCAAACUACGUGGAAUGUCUGGAUGAUGCAACAGUUGCUGUUCAAUUGGAACCCACUUUCAUCAAAGCUAUUAAGAAAGGAGCCAGAGCUUGUGUCCAGCUUUGCUGGUAUAAAGAAGCAAGGAGCUGGUUGUAUAUGGGAUUGGCCAUUGAAAAUAACAACAAACGUCUGCUUCAAUUAGUACGGAAAACUAAUGCUGAACUAUUAGUCACAGCAAACGGUUCUUCCAAUCUCGGCAACGCUUAUCAAGGUCUAGGACAGUUCAAAACAGCCAUCCAGUACCAUCAACGUCAUCUAGAAAUUGCUAAAGAAGUGGGAGACAAGGCCGGAGAGGGACGAAGUUAUUGCAAUCUCGGCAACGCUUAUCAAGGUCUAGGACAGUUCAAAACAGCCAUCCAGUACCAUCAACGUCAUCUAGAAAUUGCUAAAGAAGUGGGAGACAAGGCCGGAGAGGGAGGAAGUUAUGGCAAUCUCGGCAACGCUUAUCAAGGUCUAGGACAGUUCAAAACAGCCAUCCAGUACCAUCAACGUCAUCUAGAAAUUGCUAAAGAAGUGGGAGACAAGGCCGGAGAGGGAGGAAGUUAUGGCAAUCUCGGCAACGCUUAUGACAGUCUAGGACAGUUCAAAACAGCCAUCCAGUACCAUCAACGUCAUCUAGAAAUUGCUAAAGAAGUGGGAGACAAGGCCGGAGAGGGAGGAAGUUAUGGCAAUCUCGGCAACGCUUAUGACAGUCUAGGACAGUUCAAAACAGCCAUCCAGUACCAUCAACGUCAUCUAGAAAUUGCUAAAGAAGUGGGAGACAAGGCCGGAGAGGGAGGAAGUUAUGGCAAUCUCGGCAACGCUUAUGACAGUCUAGGACAGUUCAAAACAGCCAUCCAGUACCAUCAACGUGAUCUAGAAAUUGCUAAAGAAGUGGGAGACAAGGCCGGAGAGGGACGAAGUUAUUGCAAUCUCGGCAACGCUUAUAAAGGUCUAGGACAGUUCAAAACAGCCAUCCAGUACCAUCAACGUGAUCUAGAAAUUGCUAAAGAAGUGGGAGACAAGGCCGGAGAGGGACGAAGUUAUGGCAAUCUCGGUAACGCUUAUACAGGUCUAGGACAGUUCAAAACAGCCAUCCAGUACCAUCAACGUGAUCUAGAAAUUGCUAAAGAAGUGGGAGACAAGGCCGGAGAGGGAGGAAGUUAUGGCAAUCUCGGCAACGCUUAUCAAGGUCUAGGACAGUUCAAAACAGCCAUCCAGUACCAUCAACGUCAUCUAGAAAUUGCUAAAGAAGUGGGAGACAAGGCCGGAGAGGGAGGAAGUUAUGGCAAUCUCGGUAACGCUUAUGACAGUCUAGGACAGUUCAAAACAGCCAUCCAGUACCAUCAACGUCAUCUAGAAAUUGCUAAAGAAGUGGGAGACAAGGCCGGAGAGGGACGAAGUUAUGGCAAUCUCGGCAACGCUUAUGACAGUCUAGGACAGUUCAAAACAGCCAUCCAGUACCAUCAACGUGAUCUAGAAAUUGCUAAAGAAGUGGGAGACAAGGCCGGAGAGGGACGAAGUUAUUGCAAUCUCGGCAACGCUUAUAAAGGUCUAGGACAGUUCAAAACAGCCAUCCAGUACCAUCAACGUCAUCUAGAAAUUGCUAAAGAAGUGGGAGACAAGGCCGGAGAGGGAGGAAGUUAUGGCAAUCUCGGUAACGCUUAUAAAGGUCUAGGACAGUUCAAAACAGCCAUCCAGUACCAUCAACGUCAUCUAGAAAUUGCUAAAGAAGUGGGAGACAAGGCCGGAGAGGGAGGAAGUUAUGGCAAUCUCGGCAACGCUUAUCAAGGUCUAGGACAGUUCAAAACAGCCAUCCAGUACCAUCAACGUCAUCUAGAAAUUGCUAAAGAAGUGGGAGACAAGGCCGGAGAGGGAGGAAGUUAUGGCAAUCUUGGUAACGCUUAUGGCAGUCUAAGACAGUUCAAAACAGCCAUCCAGUACCAUCAACGUCAUCUAGAAAUUGCUAAAGAAGUGGGAGACAAGGCAGGAGAGGGAAGAAGUUAUGGCAAUCUUGGCAACGCUUAUAAAGGUCUAAGACAGUUCAAAACAGCCUUUGACUGUUACUACUCGAGUGUAGAACUGCAUGAUGAUAUCAGGGCCAGUCUUGGACUCAACGAUCAGUGGAAGAUUUGUUAUCGUAAUCAGCACCAAGUAGCAUACAAAGGUUUCUGGCGUAUACAUCUCAAUCGAGGUCAAGUUGUGAAGGCUCUUCUUGCCACAGAGAAAGGACGUGCUCAAGCUCUGAGAGAUCUCAUGGUCACAAAAUAUCAGCCUGGAGAUUCUUUAAUGCCCAGCGCAUCCCGCAUUUCUCUGAGGUGGGUUCCACUGAGCACAGUGUUCAUAGCUAUUAAUGGACCAUGCGUUUACCUCUGGGUUUGCCUCAGUGAAAAUAAUAUCCAGAUGAGAGAAGUACACGUGAACAAUUAUAAGUAUGAGGAUGAAUUGGAAUGUUUCAUCCAGCUUCUGAACAAAACUGCUCUGAAGGAGAUCGGUGUAAGGGAUACUGUUACAAUCGAAAGUCUUCCUCGUGAUUCGCCGACAGAGGAGGAAGUAGCCGAUGAUGUGAUUCGAGUCGAUGUGAGGCACUCCCAAUCAAGUGCUUUAAAGAAGCUGCAUGACAUCAUCAUUACUCCUAUUGCUGAUCUGAUCGAAGGCAACGAACUAACAUUCGUUCCUGAGGGGCCAUUUUGCCUUGUACCUUACGCAGCGUUGCAGGACUCCAACUCAUCAUAUCUAAGUGAUUCUUUCAAAACUCGUGUGCUUCCUUCUCUGACGACCUUGCAAUUAAUUCAUGAUUGUCCAGCUGACUUUCACACGAAGACUGGUGCAUUGCUUGUCGGCGACCCAUGUUUCAAACAUAUCAUCUAUGAGGGAACACUUUUGGUGCAACUUCCAGGAGCAAGGAAAGAAGUGGAGAUGAUCGGACGUAUACUCAAUGUCUCCCCUCUCACUGGAGAAAUGGCAACAAAACAUGAAGUGUUAAAACGAAUAUCAUCAGUGGCCUUAGUUCACAUAGCAGCGCACGGUAAAAUGGAAACUGGAGAAGUUAUUCUGGCACCAAACACCACAAGAGAUAACCCUCAGCCGCAAGAGAAAGCCUAUCUGCUGACGAUGAAAGAUGUCAUAGAAGCUGGGUUGCGAGCACGUCUGGUUGUACUUAGCUGCUGUCACACUGCUCGUGGGGUGGUCAUGGCCGAGGGUGUGGUCGGCAUGGCGCGUGCACUUUUGGCUGCCGGUGCCCGAUCUGUUGUAGCAACCUUGUGGGCGAUUGGCGACGAAGGAACCCUAGAGUUCAUGAGUUUCUUCUACGAUGCACUUGCCAAAGGCAAGAAGGCCAGUGAAGCUCUCAAUCAGGCCAUGAAGUGUAUGAAAGAAAUUGAAAAGUUCAAGGAGGUUUGGCAGUGGGCACCAUUUGUACUCAUUGGUGACGACGUCAACCUGGAUUUCAAGGAGAUUUAG